GGAGCACCCGGCGGCGAUGCAGCACGGGGGCCAGCUGCGGCUGGAGUUCCCCGCGGGCGUCUUCUUCGUGAGCGCCGUCGUGGCGCUGCUGGGCUCGUGAGCCCCCUCGCGCUCCAGCGGCGCCCUGCGCGGCGCUCUGCGGCGCUCUGCGGCGAGCGCGCCGGGAGCGCGGGCCGCCGGCACGGGUGGGGCGGCGUGGACUGGCUGCCCUCCCUCCACGCCUUUGUAUUUGCAGCUGCAGAAAAGUUGAUGGACUUAAAUACAGAAACUAUGUUCGUUCUUACCAGUCGUUUCUUGGAUGCCCCACUUUUCCGUGCAGUAAUCAUGCUCACUUGUUUGGGCGUACGAAGCGACUUAAGUACCGAGCUGGCGGACAGAUAGCAGCACGACCUGUGGCCAUUCUUCGCUCCCUUCAAGGAACUUGAAACGCGCGAAGGCAGCCCGAGUAAUAAGGGAACAAAUUUUCUUGGUCGAUGGAAUGAAGAAAUGCGGGAGGAGUAGGGGUGUUAGUUACAAGGUAGGCCGUUAUGUACUGCCAACCUCUGU